AUGGUUCAUCCUGGGACGUCUUCAAGGAUAAAGGAGGGGGGAGGGGGCGCGAUGCCUCUGGACUUGUGCCCCUUCAGGGGGAACCUCAGCAACUCCCCAGCCCCAAAAGCAGAAUCUCCUCUCCCUGUGAGCAGCUCCUCCAAAGAGAAUGGAGUUCAUGUGGAGCAGGAUGAUCAGGACCUAUUUGCAGAUGCCACUGUGGAGCUGUCCCUUGACAACACUCAGAACAACCAGAAGGAGGUGGCCAAAGCAUCCAAUCCUUUGCCCUCAUUAGACAUAGCAGCAAGUUCUUCUAGAAACCUUUCAAAGAGCUAUGAGGAGCUGGAAGAAGAGGAGCAGGAGGACAAAUUUGACCUGACUGUGGGAGUGAGUGACCCAGAGAAAGUUGGGGAUGGCAUGAAUGCCUACGUAGCCUACAAAGUGUCAACACAGACCAGCAUGCCGAUGUUCAGGAGCAAGCAGUUCUCAGUCAAAAGGAGGUUCAGUGACUUCCUGGGGCUCUAUGACAAGCUGUCGGAGAAACACGCCCAGAAUGGGUUCAUUGUCCCUCCGCCGCCCGAGAAGAGCCUCAUAGGCAUGACCAAAGUGAAAGUUGGGAAAGAAGAUUCCUCCUCUGCAGAGUUCCUAGAAAAACGUCGGGCUGCUCUAGAGAGGUACCUACGGAGAGUGGUCAGCCAUCCAACCAUGCUGCAGGACCCGGAUGUCAGGGAGUUCUUGGAGAAGGAGGAGCUCCCAAGAGCAGUAGGAACCCAGACCUUGAGUGGAGCAGGAAUAAUGAAGAUGUUCAACAAAGCUACGGAUGCUGUCAGUAAGAUGACCAUCAAGAUGAAUGAAUCGGACAUUUGGUUCGAGGAGAAGCUGCAGGAGGUGGAGUGCGAGGACCAGCGGCUGCGCAAGCUGCACGCUGUGGUGGAGACGCUGGUGAACCACCGCAAAGAGCUGGCACUGAACACAGCCCAGUUUGCCAAGAGUCUGGCCAUGCUGGGAAGCUCAGAGGAUAACACAGCCCUGUCCCGGGCCUUGUCCCAGCUGGCUGAGGUGGAGGAGAAGAUUGAGCAACUGCACCAUGAACAGGCUAACAAUGACUUCUUCCUCCUGGCUGAGCUCCUGGGGGACUACAUCCGCCUGCUCUCGGUUGUAAAGGGAGCCUUUGACCAGCGCAUGAGGACCUGGCAGCGGUGGCAGGAUGCCCAGACCAUGCUCCAGAAGAAGAGGGAGAUGGAGGCCAGGCUGCUGUGGGCAAACAAACCUGACAAGCUGCAGCAGGCCAAGGAUGAGAUUUCAGAGUGGGAGUCCCGGGUGACACAGUACGAAAGGGACUUUGAGCGGAUUUCUGCUGUCAUCCGUAAGGAAGUGAUACGGUUUGAGAAAGAGAAAUCUAAGGACUUCAGAAACCAUGUCACGAAAUACCUUGAGACGUUAUUAAACUCUCAGCAACAGCUGGUGAAGUACUGGGAAGCGUUCCUGCCCGAAGCCAAGGCCAUUUCUUAAUUGGACUGAGAAAGCAAACCUGAAUUUUGCCUUUUUUUUUUUUUUUCUUUUUUUCUUUUUUUUCCUUUUUAUAUAUACACUAUACCUCCUCCUUUUUUUCCACGUGAGCGACCCCUCAUUCCACGUGCUGGAGCUGGUAGAGGUGUCACCCCCAGAUGAGCAGCUUGCAAGCCAGUAACUCUUCUAACUGUAUAUUUUUCAUUUAGCAACAUAUAUUUUCUUACUGAAGAGACACUAGUUUCCUGCUUCCAGACCAGACCCGCAGCCAGGGGGAUUAAUGAGAUCUGGCAAAUAUCUAUUUUUCAGGCUGGGUUUUAAGGCUCUAAUGAAUUAUCUUACUCCUGCAGUGCCAUUAAAGUUCUGUAAUAAAACUUCUAUCAGGGCAAACAGGCUCUGGGUGUUGGUGGUGGCAGUGGGGAGGGGUAAUGGUGCAGCCCGUGGAGGCUGAGGGAAGCAGCAGAGCCUCCCCCGUGUUGUGACAGGACAGAGGUGACCUUGGACACUACUCUGGCCACUUGUCCCCACUCUUGAUUAGGCUUUGGCUGUCUGCCUUUCUUUAGCAGAAGCCGUUUUUAGGAUUUGAGCUCAGCGGUGCUCUAUAGCAAUCUCACUUAGUGGCAUUCCCCAGGAAGCCAUGGUGGAGCUC